UAUACCGCUUUUUACGAUUGUCAUCAAGAGAUAACAUCUAUUUCACGUUGCUCGACAACGUAGAGUGACGUAUUGAUACUUGCAAAUUAUCAAUCGUGUUAUUUUACGCGUAUCAACAUAUUUCCUUGACACGAGUGAAUUGUAGAUGGAUUUAUUCGAUUUCUUCGACUUCACCGGCCCGAUAACCUCUAAUUUUACUUGGUUAAUCGCUUUGCUAUAGUUUAGCCAAAUAUUCAAUUGAUAUUUGCUGACAGUAUUUUUAUCGUGUUACAUUCGUGCAACGGAUCAUACGAUUUAAGAGCAAAGGAUGUACGCAGAAGAUCACAGGACUUCAUCCUCGAUACAUUUGGCUGUAUCGAAUGUUUCGCUGUAUAAAUUUUCACCGAAAAGAGUGAGAAAGUAUUUCUUUAUUGAGAAUCAACAUUUAAAACUUCGCCGUUUGAUGAUGCCUGUCGAUUUGUAACCAAUUUCUAUAAAAUCCUUUAAGAAGAUACGAGGGGACCAUAAGGAUAAAAAGGAGUCUGUCCAUUUUUUAAAUCAUGUCGUACCUUUCCCAUGUGAUGACGCUAGCCAAUGGCGUCAUAGGAGUAAGCGUUCUCGCGAUGCCCUUUUGCUUUGAGCAAUGUGGUAUUAUAUUAGCCACUGUAGUACUUUUACUAAGCAGUGCAUUGUCUCGACUGGCCUGUCAUCUUCUAAUCAAAUCUGCCGUCAUGUCCAGACGACGUAACUUCGAGUUCCUUGCAUUUCAUGCAUUUGGCCGUACGGGUAAAAUUAUUGUAGAAUUAUUUAUUGUUGGAUUCCUGAUUGGAACGUGUGUUGCAUUCUUCGUUGUUGUCGGUGAUUUGGGACCCCAAAUUAUUGGGAAGAUAAUAGAUAGGCAACCAGAGGAUAUAAGAACAAGUUUCUUGAUCAUAACAGGAGUAUUUAUUGUUUUACCAUUGGGAUUACUCCGAAAUGUUGACAGCCUAUCCAGCAUUUGUACAGCAAGCAUAGGCUUCUACCUUUGUUUGGUUUUAAAGAUAGUAGCGGAAUCGACCCGUCACAUCUUCGCAGGAGAUUGGUAUGAUCGAGUGUAUUAUUGGAGACCUGCUGGUAUCCUCCGAUGUUUACCAAUAUUCUCCAUGGCACUUUUCUGUCAGACGCAACUCUUUGAAAUUUAUGAGACAGUUCCUAAUGCCUCUCUGGAAAAGAUGAAUGAGAUCGUUCGAGGGGCAUUGAACAUCUGUAACGGUGUAUACAUUUGUGUAGGAUUCUUCGGCUAUAUUGCAUUUUGCAAUCGAGCCUUUUCUGAUUUUGGAACUUGGAAUGUAGAGCACUAUCUGAAGAACUUGGACACCUGUACACAAAUUCUGGAGAAUUCUGAUGCCCUUCAAGAAAUUCCAUCCCUGAAUUGUUUGCCAUUGCACGAUUUGAGACAUGGACAAUUAGUUAGAUUUCGUGGGAUGAUUCAAGAUAUGUACGAUCCUGAAUAUUAUUUUGAACACUAUGAAGUGGAGAAUAAGGAAACGGGUGAAUCUUAUCUUCGCUGUGGAAAGUAUACAGAUUGUGCACGUUGUUCGUCACAAGAAAGUAUUCGAAUGAACUCUGAAAAAAACCAAAGCUGCGAACGUCAAACAUACAUCCUUAUAUCGAUACCUGGUUUAAAUGAUUGGGCAAAAGAGAAAAAUGUUACCAUUAAUAAAGAAGUCGGUAAUAUUAGCAGUACUUGUAACAAAAGGAAUUUACGUGACGACGAAUCCGAAGAUAUGGACUGUUCAGAACCCAUUUCAAAAAAAGAAAAAGUUUCAUCUGAUCCUGAUAAUCCAUUUAACGAAUCUAAACCUCAGAGCAUACAACCUCAAGAAUAUGUUGCAAACUUUCCAAUUCCUAUUACUAAUGGGAGAACCUGCAUUGUAAAGAUUUAUGAAGAGAGAACAACAUUCAAAUUGAAUCAAGUUCUCGAUGUCAUUGGAUUUGUGUCUUUGGAUCCUCGGCAAAGUUUGAUUUAUGACUCGGAGGAGAAUGAUCCUGAAGUAAGGACACAUAAUCCCCCAGCAUCUUUGGUGCCUCGAUUACACGCAUUAAAAUUGAUUUUAUUAUCAAACUCAAAGAGCAACUUUGGUCCACAAAAUUCACCAGCGAUGUCGAUACAACAUAUUAGAGGAGAUUUGCAUAUGGUAUUAAGCCAACUGCUCUUUGGCGACGAGCUAGCAGCGGAAUACUUAAUUUGUCACAUGAUCUCAUCCAAUUAUAUGAGAAACGAUUAUCUAUGCUUAGGAUCUUUUCCAAUGAAUAUCACCGAUUUUCCUAUUACUCGAUACACAUCAUUUCCAAAGGAACUCUACGAGGUACUGUCCGAGUUUCUGCCAAAGACUCAUUUCUUAGAGAUUUCUCUCAGCUGUCUCAACGACGCAAACUUAACACCUAAGAAGGACUAUGACACAAAUAGAUUAACAAGCGGAGUUCUUCAAUUGAGCGAUAAUACUCAUCUCAUCAUCGAUGAAACUAAAUUAAGUAGCGGUCAGGUUACUCAAAGUGGAAGGCAGAAUUAUGCUGCUAUUGACAGUUUAAUAAAAUUUCAAAAAGUUGCAUACGACUUUAAGUAUUAUACAAUGGAAUAUGAAGUUGACAUUCCCGUGUUGAUUCUAUCCGAAGCAAAGUCCUUCGUGCCAGGUAUCAUGCAAGUCCCUUUAAAAACCGAGGAAGAGACGUCAAAUCUCUAUCCCCAAAUUUUGGAAGCUACCAAACAUUUUCUGAAGGACGAAAAUCGAUUGAACGAUAUUCGACGAUAUCUGGAGGCAUCGAGACAUGCAGACUUUCAAUUUAACGAAGAAAUCAGCAACAUCAUUCAAGAAGAUUUUGUAAAGAUGCGGCAAUCCGAUAAGAAAGCUGACGCUGAUCGUUUACACGUACUAAUGGUCCUGGCCAGACUGAUAUCGUUAUCACACGGAGCUAAUACCGUAACUGUCGACUAUUGGAAAAGAGCUCUCGCAAUGGAAGCGGAAAGAAUUGAUAGAUUAUCGCUCCUACAGACAUCCAAAAGAAAAUGAAUGACCAACUCGAGCAGAACUUAAUCCAGCCUUGCGGGCUCGCCAACUGAAGUUCAGCUCCGCAAAUCGAAAGGCUUUUUAAAAAGGAAGAAGAAGAAAGGAUGGGUCGUCGUUACAUGUGAAAUUACAGAUCUGUGCGUAGUAUUUAUAUUAUCAUCAACAUCAUUCGUAACAAAAGGGGUACGUUGACGUGCAAAGUCGUCGACGCGCAUUGACGUCACCGUAACCCGUGGUCAAUAAAUCGACAGUCUUAUCAACGCUCGUGUGCUAAAUUCCAUUUCGUGGAUAUCUUACCCCCCAGCACCAUUUCUUCCGAGGUUCUCGCGAUGAAAUGAAACUAGUAUUUGAGCGCCAUGCAAUAUCUUUGCGGACAUUCUUGGAAUAUUUUUCCCGCUGGAAAGAUAUUUAAGAAAACUCGCCUGCGAUAAGGACGUUUAAACGACGCGAGGCAUGCGCGAAACACCUGAUUGCCCUCGUAUCGAGAAACAUGAUAUGUCUGUCGAGACGAUAUCAAAUGGACGGAAAGUGAAGUCUAAGUCCAGCUCAAGGACGCCUCAAUAUACACCAUAUAACUU